AUGGAAAUUUCUAGCUCAAUUGUGUUUGAUCGUGACUGUGAUUCUAGCUUAAUUGCUUUUGAUCGUGAUUGUGAUUCUAUUUUUCCUGCUGGAGUUGUGGAAAAAAAGAAUGCUAUUUUAUUUGAGGAAGCAGCUAGUUCUGAAUUUUAUGGGAAACAAUUUCCUUCUGAAGAUGUGGCUUCUGAAUUUUUUGCUAAGAGACAAAUUGAUGAAGCAGAUUUCUAUUAUGAUUUUGAACAAGAUGAAAAUGGUGCAUUGGUUAAUUUCUUUUGGAGAUAUGGAAGGAUGAUGAGAGAUUAUCAUUACUUUGGUGAUUUGUUAGUUUUUGAUACUACUUAUAGGACUAACAAAUAUGGUAUGAUUUGUGCUCCAUUUGUGGGUAUGAAUCAUCAUGCAAAUAAUGUGAUGUUUGGCAUGGGAUUUAUACUUAAUGAAAGAACAGAAUCAUUUGAGUGGUUAUUUGAUACUUUUCUAACUUCUAUGGGAAGGAGAAGUCCUAUUACUAUUAUGACUGAUCAAGCUCAAGCAAUUGCAGCUGGGAUAAGAAAUAUUUUCCCCAAAGGUGUUCAUCAUAGAUUAUGUGUGUGGCAUAUUGAACAAAAUUCUAAGAAACACAUUGGGGCGUUGAGAGCUUUGGAUGGUUUCACUGAUUUAUUUGGUUAUUUACUGAAGUAUUGUGAAACUCCACCAGAAUUUGAGCAUUAUUGGAAAAGAAUGUUGUUGAAAUAUGACUGUGCAAAUGUUGAUUGGUUGAAUCAUUUGUAUAAAAUCAAAGAGAUGUGGUGUCCAGCUUUUCAAAGAAAUUUUGAGUGGAGAAGCAAAGAAAAAGGGAGAGAUUAUAAUACAAUCAGAGGUAAUCGUCAUUUGGCCUUUGCAUACAUUGGGAUUCUUAUUCAUGCUAGAUCAUUGUAUACUAUUCAAGCUUAUGUGCUUUUUGAGGAAGAGUUCAUUAAGGGUACUGCUUGUGAUCAAAAGGAUGCUGGUGUGAAUUUUCCUGAAUAUUAUUAUCAUUUGUGGAGACCUGGGAAAGAUAUGAUCAAGCACGAGAUGACUAUAUAUGUAAGAGGUGGACUAAGGCUGCUAUGUGUAGUCAUGGCCUUGAUGAACCUACAAUGA